CUACAGCUUCCUCGAGAUCUGCACCAAAACCUUGAAUCAAACGCACCCUGAAGACCUGAGGGGGGGGGGGGGGGACCCAGACCUCAGGUGGUCAACACGUGGUCUGAGGACCUGUGAGGGGACGCCUGAAGGCCUCUCCUUGUUUUCCACCUGAAAACCCAACGUCUUCCUCGGCUUUAGCUCAAACAUAAACCCUGAGCUCUGAGUGUUUCUGGGCUGCAGACGAUGGCGCCUCCUUCCUCCAACUCCAGUGAUGGAGGAGAACAAUGCAUCGUGAACGACCAGAUGGGACCCUUCACCGUCCUCUACACCCUCGUCUUCAUCAUCAGCGUGCCUGGAAACCUGCUGUCAGUGUGGAUCUUCAUCCGCAGCCGCAGAGUCAAGCAGCGCAGCCUCAGUGUGUAUCUUCUGAACCUGCUGCUCUCCGACCUCCUGCUGCUCCUCGCCCUCCCCUUUAAGAUCCUGAAGGACGGGGGGGCAGCUCCGUGGAGCCUGAAGGUGUUUCACUGCCAGGCCAGCGCCGUCACGCUCUACAUCAGCCUGUACGCCUCCAUCGCCUUCCUCGCCUUCAUCAUCACCGACUGCUACCUGCAGGACUGCACCUCGCUGUGCUCCAUGCGGCUGCAGGAGGUGGGCUUCUCCUGGCUGCUGUCUGUGGUGGUCUGGAUGCUGCUGCUCCUCAUCAUGGUGCCAAACAUGGCUCUGCCCAUUCAGCACGUUCAGGAGCAGCGUUUCCUCAGCUGUUCGUCUCUGAAGAAGGGCAUCAGCCUCCACUGGCACGCGUUGACCGUGGUCCUCUGCACGGCGCUGUUCCUGAACGCCUCGUUCUCCGUGCUGCUCUCCAGCUUCCUGGCUCUCCGGAGGCUCCUUGGCAACCGCAGAGACCCCCUGCUGAGGGCAGAUGCCCGGCGGGCGGCUGUCAGCGUGACGGCCGUGGCGUUGGCGUACAUCGUGGGCUUCGUUCCGUACCACAUGGUGCGAGCUCCGUACACUCUGACGCAGACUAAAGUCAUCACUGAGUGCAGCGUCAGGAGGAAGCUGUUCCUGGGGAAGGAGGCCACGCUGCUGCUGAGCAUCCUGCAUCUCUGCUUCGACCCGCUCAUCUUCUAUUACCUCCAUGAGCCUUUCAGACAGACGCUACGCAACAUGAUGCCCUGCUGGAGGAAGAAGAGGAGCGAGGAAGAGGAAGAGGGAAAGGCUGCAGAAGGAGAGGCUGCAGAGGGAAAGGCUGCCGUCGAACAAGAUCUUCAAUCUACUUUGAUUUGACCUAAAACAUGAUCUUUGUAGACGAUAUAUUUGAUCAUAUUUUGAUAUGGCGGUGCCUAAAUGUUCGCAUAAAGGAGUCUUUGUAAAGCACUGACUCUCGAAUGGUGGCACCAAGUCUGGCUGCAGUUUUUAUAUUUCAGUUUGUACUGUAUUUAACUCACCAAAAGCACAUGAUUUUAAGGUCCCCGAUUAUAAUGUUUUCAUCAAUAUAUUAUAGGUCUCAGAUAUAUCCAGAGUCUGUCUCUGAUUGGCUGAAACACCAAACAGAUCAUUGCAGCAUUACCCAUAAUCCCCUCUGUUUCAGCCCUGUUUCCAAAGUGCUGAUUCUGUGACUGUAGCUUUAAAUGAGCUGCUGCUGGCCACGCCCCUCUGAGAGAUGAUUGUUUAAAGAAACACAAUGGUGUUCUAGAAGGAGAUUCAGUGAUAAGGUGGGGAGGGGGGUUACGUUGCUUGGUGAUUGGCUAAUGGUUACACAACCCCAAAAAACAUUGUGUUAGUGCUGUUUUUUACACCAGGUUUAUUGUUCUGCCCUCUGGUGUUCACAGUGUGUAAUUACACUCUUGUUUUCCAUAAGUAUAUUUUGAUGGUGUUUUUCAGAGUAUUUCUACACUGAUGUAUUACAACUUUUACUUAGGUAAAAUGUACUUCAUGCACCACAUAUUUGCUGUACUGUACUGCAUUUGUACUACUCAUACUUUACACUUCAUAAAUAAACUGCUUUUAUUUAAAUGAAGCUGAUAAUUA